CUAGGCAGGUAUUUUCAUGUGCCGCUCUUGCUAGCAUCCAACUCCUUCCCUCCGACCUCUAUGGGACUAGAGCAACGCACGAUUUGGUAACGCGAUUACUUGCUGAAACUCGUCCUUUCGUUUCGAGGUGUUCCUGUGUAGGGAUACAACACGGCGAUCAGAUGCCAGACGUCAGGGCGUCAGAGUCCACGGCGCCAUGCGACCAUGAAACACUUACCACCAAACAAUCCUUCCGUAGAUGCAUAGCACUACCUGAAACUUCGGCGAAUGACGUCUGCCCUGACUCGCGCUAGGUGCGAUACCCAUAUUCGAGACUCUCGCUCGUUUCUAUGUGCAGACUAGCCAGUCGGUGCGGACAGCUCAACUUUCUCGUGUGCAACCACCGUCGUCAUGCAGGAGGAAGCGACUGCAUUCAUGGAUCGUUAAGCGAGCUUGCAUCGCUCACCGCAAAGCCUGAGUUCAAGAUGUACUCGCCCCAACGUCACCGCUCCGUCGAAAGCGACCUUCAGAGAAUCAGCGGACGUAUACGGUCAUGCGUUCGUCGGCCCAGGGAGGCGCAAAGUAGUUCUGCAUUACGGUCACUAGACUGGACUAAUUUCAGUAUGCAAUAUGUGUGCUAUCUCAGGCCUGCCUAUAGCUCAAUUGAAAAGCACUAUGCAGUAAAGCAUAGCCCUGCCAUUACGUUUAGCAACAUCCAGCAAUUCUACGCCUUCAAGAAGAACGAACCAUCAACUCGUCAAAAUACUUGUCCCCAAUACCGAGUCGCCCGCGAGCGGCACGCGCCAACUACCGAACCGUCCGUUGUAAACUGAAACAGCUCAUCGAAGCCAAGAGAGAAGCUUUCAUGCCACCAUCCGUGGAUCUGCACGCUGCUUCCCGAAUCAUAUAUCACAUGCGAAGAGUCAGUCUCGCGCAUACGGGCAAUCACCAAGCGCGUUG